AUGCAAUUGGUGGCAUGUGAGCCCAGCACCCUGUCGGACACCCCUGGAGAGGAGCUUGUGUCCCACAGAGCUGCAGAACUGGACCACGCCAACAGAACCAACUACUCAUCUGAGGAAGAGUCCCCCGCAGAGGGAGAGGAGGAUAAUGGGUCCAAUGAUGAAGCCACAGCUCAAACUGUGAAUGGAGCGCGGCCCUCUUCCCUCUCCAUCCCCUCGUCUUCGGACUGUGCUCUCUGGACGUCCCAGGCCAAUGGCCAGGUGAAACUGCGUAUGGGAGAGACCGGCAUCAGCGCAGAGACACCCCUCACUGUGCACCAGAUGUUUAGUACCACAGUGGAGAACUUUGGAGACUACAUGGCUCUGAGCUGGAAGGAUGGCGAGCAGCAGAAGAGCCUGACGUAUACACAGUACUACCAGAGCUGUCGCACGGCCGCAAAGAGCUUUCUCAAGCUGGGGCUGGAGCGUUAUCGUGGGGUCGGCAUCUUGGGCUUCAACUCUGUGGAGUGGUUCAUCGCUGACAUUGGUGCCAUUCUGGCCGGUGGGUUUGCAGUGGGCAUCUACACUACCAACUCCUCAGAGGCCUGUCAGUACGUAGCAGAGAACUGUAAGGCCAACAUCAUCGUAGUGGAGAACCAGAAGCAGAUGCAGAAAAUCAUACAGGUGGAGGACAAGCUGCCACACUUGAAGGCAAUCAUCCAGUACAAACAGGAGCUGAAAGAGAAAAGGCCAAACCUGUACUCUUGGGCAGAGUUCAUGGAGCUGGGCCGCAACGAGCCGGACGCCCCGCUCGACUCUGUUAUCUCAAGCCAAAAGCCAAACCAGUGCUGCACCCUCAUCUACACCUCCGGGACCACAGGCAUGCCCAAAGGAGUCAUGUUGAGCCAUGACAACCUCACCUGGACGGCUCUCUCCACCAGCCGCCAUGUGCUCCUGUCUUCGGCCUCCCAGGCUCAGGAGGUGGUGGUCAGCUACCUUCCUCUCAGUCACAUCGCUGCACAGAUGGUGGAUAUCUGGGUGACCAUGAAGGUGGGAGGAGUCACGCACUUCGCCCAGCCUGAUGCACUCAAGGGAUCUCUGGUGAACACAAUGAAAGAGGUGCGCCCCACAGCUUUCAUGGGCGUGCCGCGGGUCUGGGAGAAGAUGCAGGAGAAGAUGAAGUCCAUCGGAGCAAAGUCCUCCACAGUGCGGCGCAAAGUUGCAUUGUGGGCCAAAGACGUGGGACUACAGACCAACCUCAGCAAACUCAACCAAAAUGGUGUGAGUGCACCACCGCCCUUUUCUUACCACAUUGCCAAAAAGCUGGUGUUCAAAAAGGUGCGCAAGGCCCUGGGGCUGCAGCGCUGCACGAAGUGCUUUACCGGAGCUGCGCCCAUCACCAAAGACACAUUGGAGUUCUUCCUCAGCCUUAACAUCCCCCUGUACGAGCUGUUUGGCAUGAGCGAGAGCUCUGGGCCACACACGGUGUCUGUGCCUGAGGCCUUCCGCCUCACCAGUGUGGGUAAGCCGAUCGCUGGCUGCAGAACCAAGCUGUCCUCUCCAGACGAGGAGGGGAACGGGGAGAUCUGCCUGUGGGGUCGGCAUGUCUUCAUGGGAUACCUCAACAUGGACGCCAACACCAAGGAGGCCCUGGACUCCGAAGGCUGGCUCCGCUCUGGGGACCUGGGCAAACACGACGCGAACGACUUCCUCUACAUCACCGGCAGGAUCAAAGAGCUUAUCAUCACGGCCGGAGGGGAGAACAUUCCGCCCGUUCCCAUCGAGGAUGCGGUCAAAGAGGAGCUGCCCUUUAUCAGUAACGCUAUGCUCAUUGGGGACAAGAGGAAAUUCCUGGCCAUGCUGCUCACCAUAAAGUGCCAGGUGAACGCAGAGAGUGGGGCCCCUGAGGACGAGCUCACCCCGGAGGUCGUGGAGCUGUUCAGGCGCUUGGGCAGCACCUCCAGAAAAGUUUCAGAGCUCACAGGAGGGAAGGACCGUGCCCUGCACACCGCCAUCCAGGAGGGCAUCAACCGAGUCAACAAAAGGGCCACCUCCAACGCCCAGCGCAUCCAGAAGUGGCUCAUCCUGGACAAGGACUUCUCAAUCAGUGGAGGAGAGCUGGGCCCCACCAUGAAGUUGAAGCGUCCCGUUGUGGCCAAGAUGUACAAGGAGCAAAUCGACACCUUUUACAAGGAUGUCCCCACGCCCACCACUCCAGACAUCCCGCUUCCUCUCAAAUAA